AAGUGCGGUCGCCAUAUUGUCCGGGCUGCAGAGGGGUGCACGGUCGGAGCUGCUGGGUGAGGAGGGGGAUCCGAGAGGUGGAUGUUUCAACCGGGAAUCAGUGACACGGAUGGUUACGUGACUGCGAGUUUUCAUCGUGCCGUUUUGUGGAGGUUGCCCUCUCUCACCUUCCAUUGCAGUGCUGACUCCUGAUUCAGCCUUAAUCACAUUCAACUCCUCUUACCAUGGAUCAAGAUUAUGAACGACGACUUUUACGACAAAUUAAUGUUCAGAAUGAAAACAAAGUCCCUUGUAUAUCAGAAGUUAGAAGAACAUUAACACCUUCAAAUUCACCAGUGUCAUCACCAAGUAAAAGUGGAGACCGGUUUAUCCCUUCAAGAGCAGCAGCAAACUGGAGUAUAAACUUUCACAGAAUUAAUGAGAAUGAAAAGUCACCCAGCCAAAACAGAAAAGCAAAAGAUGCAACCUCUGACAGUGGCAAAGAUGGGCUUGCUUAUUCUGCAUUACUUAAAAAUGAGCUUCUUGGGGCAGGAAUUGAAAAAGUUCAAGACCCUCAAACUGAAGACAGAAGAUUGCAGCCAUCAACGCCUGAAAAGAAAAGUUUAUUUAAGUACUCGCUCAGCACUAAACGGGCAAGUCCUGAUGAUGGAAACGACAUUUCGCCUUACUCCUUAUCUCCUGUUAGUAAUAAAAGCCAAAAAUUGUUGCGGUCACCAAGAAAGCCGACUAGAAAAAUCUCAAAGAUUCCGUUUAAAGUUCUUGAUGCACCAGAACUGCAGGAUGACUUUUACUUAAACUUAGUGGACUGGUCUUCUCUAAAUGUAUUAAGUGUUGGACUUGGCACGUGUGUCUAUCUUUGGAGUGCUUGUACUAGCCAGGUGAUCAGGUUGUGUGACCUUUCUAUUGACGGAGAUUCUGUUACAUCAGUUGGCUGGUCAGAGAGGGGAAACCUGGUAGCUGUUGGAACCCACAAAGGAUAUGUUCAGAUCUGGGAUACUGCUGCAGGGAAAAAAUUAUCCACACUUGAAGGACACUCUGCUAGAGUAGGGGCCCUUGCAUGGAAUGCUGAUCAACUGUCAUCAGGAAGUAGGGACCGUCUUAUUCUUCAGAGAGAUAUCCGUACGCCACCCUUGCAAUCAGAGCGCCGACUUCAGGGUCACAGACAGGAAGUUUGUGGUUUGAAAUGGUCGACAGAUCACCAGCUUCUUGCCUCUGGAGGAAAUGAUAACAAGUUACUGGUGUGGAACAAUUCCAGUUCAGGCCCAGUACAGCAGUAUACAGAGCAUCUUGCAGCAGUGAAAGCUAUUGCCUGGUCCCCUCAUCAGCAUGGUCUCCUUGCAUCAGGUGGUGGAACUGCUGAUCGGUGCAUCCGGUUCUGGAAUACUCUUACCUCUCAACCUUUGCAGUGCAUUGAUACAGGUUCCCAGGUGUGCAACCUCGCUUGGUCCAAACAUGCAAAUGAACUAGUGAGUACUCAUGGUUAUUCACAAAAUCAAAUCUUGGUGUGGAAAUAUCCAUCUUUAACACAAGUAGCCAAGCUGACAGGGCAUUCAUACAGAGUGCUAUAUUUGGCAAUGUCACCAGAUGGGGAAGCCAUUGUAACUGGAGCUGGAGAUGAAACACUCCGAUUCUGGAAUGUGUUUAGUAAAACUCGUUCAACUAAGGAAUCCAUAUCUGUGCUGAAUCUCUUCACAAGAAUACGAUGAUGAUUAAGAAAUUACUGUGUUAAAUAGGGAAAAUUCUAACUGUCCCAUAAAUAUACAAGAAACUUGCAUCAUGCUGGUACUGAUUUUUUUUCAUUUGGAUGGAUGUUGUAAAGAUUUUGCUGCUCAUUCCAAACAGGUUGAAUUUUUAAAGUAUGUUUUCAAUUAUGUUUGUUUACAAAGAACUGUUUGAAAAGACUGCCAAAGGUUUUGAAUUAAGGUCUACUUAAGUGCUGAUAUUCUAAUUUGCUUGUACAGUUUAUAUAAAAUGCCAGCCGCAACUUUCAGAUGAAAUGAAAUGCCAAGCUAUGAAAUGCACAGUGCUACCUGUAAAUAUUUUUCUGUUGGUAUUGAAAAAUGUACAUUGAAUAUAAAGUUCUGGAGAAAUGCAGUGAGAAUGCUAAAGAAAACUUGAUUAUGGAGAUAAGUGUAAUGUUUAAAAGAAACCCUGAAUAAUAGGCUUUCCUGUGUGCCUAUAUAUAUAUAUAUAUAUUUUGUAACUGUAUUACAAGGAUUUUCAAAUUUGUUAAGCAGGAAGAUUUCUUCCCUUAAGUAUUUAGUUAAAAUGACUGGCUUUGAUGGGUUAACAUCAUGUUGAACUGCACCAAUCGUUAUAUUAUUUAAAAUUAUGAUUGGCAAAAAUUCUUAAUACUAGACAUAAAUAUCAAAUGAGGCAUGAACUUCAAUUGUAUCAGAGUUUAAAAGGUCUUGCUGCUUAUAAUGUUGAAAAUACUUUUCUGUCAAACUGUACAAAUAUGGAUGGCAAAAAGCACUUGAAUUUUUAACCAUGAGUGGCAAUUAUUACUCAGACUGUAAUUUUUGUACACUUUUUUUUAAUACCAUCUGUGAUUUUCAGUUGAGCUGUAAAACUGCUUUGUGUUCUGUAAUAGUGAGUGAGCACCUUUUGAAGUUAUUUGUAUAUGUGGAUGAAUAUUCUGAUGGUCAAUUGAAGUGAGUAAAGCUGUUAAAAUGGUAAAAGUGGUGUUGCACAAUGUGACUUGGAACUUUAUUAUCUGCACCUCGUACAACGCAUUGAGACAACAGCCAGGAUAACACAACAAAAUAUAAUAUGACAAAUCUGCAAGUUUGCUGAUGUAAGGAUAUUUGAAGACUGGAAUUGCACUGUAAUCUUGCAAGUCAUACGUGUUCUCACUAAAAAUAGGAAAAAGUCCAAAUAUAUUUACCACAUGUUCUAAACUGGUUACACAAUAUUUAUAAAUGACUUCAUUCAUAUUUUAAGAAAAGAAAUUUGGGAUCUUUGCAUAAUUAUUCACUAAAAAUUCAUACUGAGAUUAAAGUUUUUCAUCAUUUUCUUGCUUUACAUCAGGUUACACUAAAUGAAGCCUAGGUUUGAGAGCAGACAGUAGAAAGUAAUGUAUCUACCCUCCUGCAUUCAAAUCUAUCUUUGACAACAUAGAAUAGAUUCCCUUUAAUUCAAGCCAUCUAAAUAUACAAAUAUGGAUUUUUUUCCAGUGAUCAUGACUGUGCAGAAUAAACUUGCUUAUAAUUUUAAAAAUGUUUUAAAAACACUUGCAGUUUUUCUGAAUAUACAGUGAAAUGCAUUCAAUUGAUUGAGUAUUUUCAGUUUAGAUUUUCACCUAUCUGAUGAAUGUCAGAGGAACACUACGUUAAACUGUUCCAAACCCUUGGAGCUGUUGUUGGACAUGAACAUAAAUAAUGUUCCCUUCUCUUUCAUUGUCAUUUCCCCUUUUUAACUAUGGUGAAUUUCAAUGUUACCUGGUAUAGGUUAUAGUGUAGUGAUGUUAUCAUGACAGUAAAAGACUUCAUUUUCAAGUGUUGUGAAUUACAGAAGACUUCUUUGAGAGAGACAUGAAAUAUACUGUUUAAUAUUGGAUGAAUACCUGAUUACAAUAUUACAAGAUUUCAAUGAUACAUAGUUGUUUUAUCAUAAAGCAUAAUGCACCCUUCCUCCACCCCCCCGAAAAGAACUGGCAUGUUAGAUUUACAAAAGUCAAAUAAAUAGUGCAUACUGAGAACUGGGACGUUUUAUGUGCUUAUGUAUCAUAAAUGCUUCAUAGCUGUGGUGGUACGACCCUUGCUGACUAAACUUCCAAUAUCUGCCUGUUUACCAUUUGCCAAAUAAAUUGCCGUGCAAAAUAUCCAAGACUUAAUAACAAGUU